AUGCAUAGGGAACAUGCACUGUGCCCGGAUGGUGCUAGCGGGGAGUGCGUGCCGCCAUUAUUUUACGCUGAUGACCAGGCCUUGCUGGCCACCACGCCGGCAGGCCUGCGUUUCCAGCUUGGUUACCUUGAGAGCUACUGUGCCGCCUGGGGCCUGACGGUUAACACCAAAAAGACCCAGGUGGUAGUGUACACCACUGGCGGGGCUGCUGCCACGGAGGAGCGGUUCCGCUACGGCGGCAAUGAGGUGGAAACCGUCCCCACCUUCAGAUACCUCGGCGUGCACCUGCACUGCCGGCAGGCCUUUGCCUCGGCGGCAUCGUAUCGGGCGGAGGCUGGGCGGCGCGCGAUGCACCUGCUGCGUCGCCGCCUGGCCGAGAAUGGGUUGCAGGACCCCCUGCUCAGCAUGCGUGCGUUCAGGUCUUACGUCCUGCCGACGUUGUCGUACGGGGCAGAGAUCUGGGCGCCGCAGCUGAUUCUGCAGGGCAGGACGGCAUGCGAGCGGGUACAGCUGGAGUACCUGCGAGGGCUGCUGGGUGUGCGGGACAGCACCCCAGCCCUCAUUGUGCUGGCAGAGACGGGGCAGCUGCCGCUGCCCGCCUACUGGACCUUGCAGGUUGCACGCUUUGUGAGCAACCUGCAGGCUAUGGGCGGCGAGCGGGUCGCCCGUCUUGCCAUGCUGGAUAGCGUUGCGCUGGCUGCCGACACGGACACAGAGCUGCCACUGGCCCGGCAGCCCUGGGCAGCGCAGGUUAGCCGCGUUCUCGCGGCGGCCGGCGCCCCCUGCGACUUGACUGCUGACGAGGGGGUUGCCAUACCUGAAUUGGCGGAAGCGCUCCUGGAGCGCCAUGUUGCCUCGUACACGCAUGCAUCCGUGAAGGUGCAGCGGUACAUUGAGGACGUGUGGGGGGGCAGCAUCUCUGCGGAGGCCUACACGCCUGCGUCGUUCCUGUGCGAUGUGCCCGAGCGCCGGCGCCGGCCUUCUGGUAUUUUCAUGUGCCUGGGAGAUGUGCGGGCAUGGGGGCCCAUGUGCCCCAUGCCAUUUGAGUGCCCGGCGGCGGCGCUGCCUGCCGCCGGGAGCCCGCACCAGCAUCGGCACCCGUCGGCCUGGCAGGCCUAA